AUGAAGACACUGGUACCGGCUGUGGCUGUGUGGGGGAGAACAGCUCCCUCUCACAGCAUCACUGCUGUUAUGAUCACAGAUGACCAGCAGACCAUAGUUACAGGAAGCCAAGAAGGACAAAUUUGUCUCUGGAAUCUUUCAUCAGACUUACAGAUUUCAUCUAAAGAAAUUCUCUUUGGCCAUACUGCUUCUGUAACUUGUCUGGCAAAAGCAAGAGAGUUUGAGAAACAGCCAUAUGUAGUAAGUGCUACUGAAAAUGGGGAGAUGUGUGUUUGGAAUGUCACCAGUGGACAGUGCAUUGAGAAUGCAAAGCUUCCUUAUAGGCAUACAGCAAUCCAUUAUUACCAUUGCUCAUUCCGAAUGACAGGUGAAGGUUGGCUUCUUUGUUGUGGAGAAUAUCAAGAUGUUCUUAUUAUUGAUGCUAAAACUUUGGGUGUUCUUCACACUUUAUCAUCAUCUCAGUCUUCUGAUUGGAUAAAUUGUAUGUGUAUUGUACACUCUGCAAGAAUUCAAGAAGACUCUUUGGUUGCAGUGUCUGUAGCUGGAGUUCUCAAAGUGUGGGACCUGUCUUCAUCUCUGAAUAACAUUCAGGAGAAACAAAGUGUGUGCGAGAAGGAAUCAAAGUCUCUGGACUGUAUAAAUUGCCAAGCAGUAAGAUUUUGUACUUACACGGAAAGGCUCCUUCUAGUUGUGUCCUCCAUGUGCUGGCAGGUCUAUGAUUAUUGUGAUUUCUCCUUGCUUUGUACUGAGUUCUGUAAGAGUGGUCAGUACUUUGCUGGUGGGGAAGUGCUGGCAGCUUACAGACUUAUCAUCUGGACAGAAGAUGGCCACAGUUACAUCUACCAGCUGCUAAACAGUGGCCUUUCUAAAAGCAUGUACCCUGCUGAUGGGAAGGCGCUAAAGGAAACAGUUUAUCCUCAUUUACUCAGCUUUACUGGUAUGAAGGAAAAUAAGAGUCUUCCUUUUGUCAUGGGCUUCAUGAAUGAAAGAAAGGAGCCUUUCUACAAGGUUCUUUUUUCUGGUGAAACUUCAGGACGGAUCACUUUGUGGCAUGUUCCCGAUGUUCCUGUGUCAACGUUUGAUGGUUCUCCGAAAGAGAUCCCAAUUACAACCAUGUGGACUCUUCAGGAUAAUUUUGAUAAACAUCGUUCCAUGUCAGAGGGCAUUAUUGAUCAACUUUGUGGAUCUGAAGAUGGAUUUGGAAAUGCAGUUGUCAGUUCCUCUGUGUACAUACCUGGUCUUGAUAGGCUUGUAUGCGGAUGUGAAAACGGAAAAAUUUUUGUAACAUUAGGUUUAAAAACUGCAAGAGCAAGACUUUUAGAAAACAUAUCUUUUCUUAAAGAUAAUUUACCUUAUAAGGUUUUGAAUGGUCACAGUAGCAGAGUCACUUGCUUACUUUAUCCACAUGACAAAUCGGUGAGAUUUGAUCCAAGCUGGCUGUUAUCAGGGGGCCAGGAUUCUGUUGUGAUCUGCUGGGAUGUAUUUACUGGAGGCAUCCUACAUCAGUUUAAUCUGCAGUCUGGUGCAGUGACAGAGCUCUUGAGAUCCCCAGAACACUACAGAUUGAAAGACCAGAGUAUAGUGUGCUGUGUGUGCAGUGACCACUCAGUAGCAAUUCUACACCUUCAGAAGAGACAGUGUCUCUUACAUGCCAGAAAGCAUCUGUUUCCUGUGAAGAAGAUAAAAUUUGACCCUCUUGAGAAUGUGCUAAUUGUUGGAUGUGAAGACAACUCAGUUUAUGUUUGGGAAAUUGAAACAGGCACUCUGGAACGACAUGAAACUGGUGAAACAGCAAGAGCAAUUCUUGCUGCCAUUGAAGAUUCAGAAUACUUAGUGGCAGAUGCUCUGCUUCCUGUGUCUCAGGACUCAAAACAAAACAAGAAUUCUGGAUCCAAACACUCCAGCUCAUAUAAGCAUGGCAUGGGCCCUUCUCUUACUCCUGCAGAGAAAUCUCCAGAUAAGUUGACUGAUACCAGCUUCAUCCAGCAACCCUUUACUAUUUUACCAGCUAAGACAAAAUGGAACAAUGCAAACUUUCAUAUUCUCUUAUUUGACCUGGAAAAACUUGAGGAACUUCUCUCGUCUCAACUCAAUGGAUUAAAAUCAUCAAAAUCAUUCCACAACCAAUCCAGUCUAGAAAGAGCUAAAAGUACUACUGAGAAAAGGGCACUGACAUUAAAAAGAAAUAAAAGUGCUGCCUUCGUACCUCGAGUGGAUGGGCAGGCAGAGACUGUUUGUUCAGACCAAGUUCAUAGGGAUAAUAAUGCAGCCAAGCCUGUGGAAGAGGGUGGAGGCAUGAAAAGAUGGAAAAAAAUGAAGAGCUCAAGAAAGAUCAGAAUGCAGCCCUCAGGAAACAUCGAUGUGAACGUCACCACCGAUACAGCUAAACUGUUUUUGUCAUGUCUCCUACCAUGGGGUUUAGAUAAAGAAAUAGACAAUCUCUGUGCAAGACACUUGGAUAUCUCGAGGCUUCAGUGUCCUGUUUCUUUUGGGCUUGUGUCAGAUGAAAGCCACCUCUCACUGAUGUUACCAGGAUGGAAAUGUAGUGAUUGUGGUGUGCCAGGAGAACAUGAAGUUUUCAAUUUGUUUUCAAAAAGGGUCCUUGAUUUAUCAAACAAAUACCUUGCUGCAACUGAAGGACAAUCUGGAAAGAAGGAUGGACCUGAGAAUGAUGAUUAUGGAACAAGGGACUUGGAAACAGUAUUUUUCUUAUUUAGCAGAAUAGCUUUAAUCAACAGGAUAAUUAACACAUCUUCAGCAGUUACAGAUGAAAUUGAAAGUCCACAGAAACCAGAAUCUGUACCUGACAAAUGGCGAAAUGUAGAAGCAGUAACACUUUCAUGCUCCAGUUUUUAUGGAGACUUACCAAGCAGUAAGAGUAGAUAUCAUUCCCCAGACUUUGGGAGCAUUUCAUUGCUGAAACUCAUUUGUUGUUGGAAUGACCAAUCUGUAAAGAUUAUUGAGGCAAUGCAAGCAGUGCUGCUGGCAGAAGUUCAAAGGACUAUUAAUCCCUUGAGAAAGACGACAGUUUGCAGAGAACCACUGGCCAUAGUAGAGAAUGAAAAUGGUAAGUGUGAUAUACACUGUCUUCAUGAGCUAAAACAAAUCAAUUUGCCAUUCAGUGUGCUGAAGCAUGACAAGAGCUCCAACUCGGCAGACUUCCAAGAUGUGGAGGAUACGCCUGACAGAUGUGUCUUGGAAGAGUCUGAGAAUCCAGAUGACAUGAAGCCACAUCCCUGGAUAUCUAAGGUGUGCUCCUGUAAGGUGUGUUAG